AUGGAACCGGAAAAAAUCUACGCAAAUGGAAGACCAGGUAAAGACAAAAUUAAACAUGAACAAAGCUUACCGUCUGAAGAGGAGAAGACUACGUCUCCAUUAUUGAUAAAAAAUGACAUCAAAUAUAUCGAUUCGGUUUAUGACAGCAAGUCUGAUAUUAGAGAUUCAGAACAAAAUGAUCUCAAUACAUUGAAUUCGAUGAAAACGGAUGAUAUAAAGGAUAAUCUUGUUGUAACCUAUAAGAAGGAUGAUGACGAUUCGAAGUCAACAAACGAAAGAGUUAAGUUCUUGGGAUUGGGAGAUGCCGAUAGUAUAUGCUCUAUCAAAGCACCGGAACAAGAACCACAGAUACCGGAUGGGGGAUGGGGCUGGGUGGUCGUAGUGGCUUCUUUCCUUAUAGCCACUGUGGCAGAUGGUUUGGCUUUCUCCUACGGUUUACUGCAGAUAAAGUUUGUGGACUUCUUUGAAACGAGCGAAGCAAAGACUUCAUUAAUCGGUAGUCUUUUUAUAUCGGUACCGCUAAUAGCUGGACCUAUAAUGAGCGCCCUAGUUGAUAGAUAUGGGUGUAAAAACAUGACUAUAGUUGGCGGAGUAUUUUCGACUGUUGGAUUUGUAGCUGCGUCCUACAGUAAUACGGUUGAAGCAUUAUAUGUGACUUACGGUAUCAUCGCUGGUUUAGGCAUGGGCUUACUUUAUGUUACCGCUGUGGUGUCCAUUGCUUACUGGUUUGAAAAACGACGAAACCUAGCUGUUGGUUUGGGGUCUUGUGGUGUUGGAUUCGGAACAUUUGUAUACUCGCCCCUUACGACUUAUUUAUUAGAUGAAUAUGGAUGGAGAGGUACUUUAUUACUAUUAGCUGGCACAGUACUUAAUGUAUGCGUUUGUGGAGCUGUAAUGAGGGAUCCUGAGUGGCUUAUAUUAGAACAGAAAAAGCAGAGAAAACUAAGUAAGGCCAAAAGAGCGUCAAGUUCUACAUCUAUUUCAGCACGUUCCGCACGAUCAGGGGGAGGGGAAUCAAUUUACCCAGGAGUCGACGAAUUGAAAUCUAUGAUGAACAGUGGUGAUACACCCGAGGAUAUUCUUAUGGCUUUAGUGGCAUCUAUAGCAGAAGCAGAAAACGUAGAAGAAACUACAAAACGAAAUGCGGAUCUGUCUCAAAUUCAAAAGGGUAGCUCUGUUAUUAAUCUGCCAACGUUCUUAAGACAGCAUGAGAAGGUUCCAAUCGAAGUAUUAGAUCAACUUAAAUCUAAUGAACGUUUGUACAAUAUCGUUUUACAAAACUACCCUUCACUGCUAGCUUUAAGGUCGUCCUCAGAGACUAAGCUGCCAAUUGAGUCCCCAGAAAAAAACGAUGGAAAGGCUAAGCUAAGUAAGAAAAAUAAAAAAGAAUUUGAUAAGAAACUAGAAACAGUUAAGGAUAAGUUGCUCCAACCGAUUCCUGAAAAUAAUGUCAUUUCACCAAAGACAGUGCGCCAAGAUUGGUUUACUAAACAUAUUCAAACAGACCACAAUUAUCUGAAGGAUAUUAGAGUACAUCGUAACUCCAUUAUGCACAGGGGUGCUAUGAUGAACAUUGCUAAGUAUAAAUUGAGAGCUUCAUCUUGUCCGGACAUUUAUAGAAAUUCAAUGUGGUCUGUUAAAGAAGAAGAAAAUAAGACUUGGGGCAGACGCCUUUUGGACAUGAUAAACAAAACAUUUGACUUUAACAUGUUCACCGAAUUUCAUUUCCUAAUGAUGAACCUUUCGACUUUAGUUUUAUUUAUCUGGUUUAUUGUACCAUAUUUCUACAUAUCGACUUUCAUGGAAGAGAGCGGCUACACAGAGACUCAGGGUGCCUUAAUGCUUAGUAUAUUUGGAGUAGCCACUAUCAUUGGUAUUGUGGGCCUGGGUUGGAUGGGAGAUCUUCCAUGGGUCAAUAUUACGAAGACUUACGGCCUUUGUCUUGUAUUAUGUGGUGGUACCAUCAUCCUCUUCCCGGUACUGAUACGUGUUAUGGAACCGAGAGAAUCGUACAGUUUCUACAUUCUGACUCUGAACGCAUUUAUAUUCGGCCUAACCUUCUCCAGCUCGUACUCCUACACUCCGAGUAUUCUUGUGGAGCUUAUUGCGUUGGAAAGAUUUACCAUGGCUUAUGGCCUGGUGCUCUUGAGUCAGGGCGUUGGUCAUCUAAUUGGACCUCCCAUGGCUGGAGCGCUCCGCGAUAGAACAGGAUAUUGGGAUGCGGCCUUCUACGUGGCUGGGAUAUGGGUGGUGGUAUCGGGCUUGCUUGUAGCUGUGAUACCAUAUACAAAAAACUUUAGAAUCAUAGGAAAUGCUCCUCUCGCAAAGGAUGUAGCGGGAGAACCUGAUCCCAGUGUCAAGAUAAUUAUAGCGCAUUAA